GCUGCGCUUUAGCUGGGCGCGGACUCUUCAAGAGCGGCAGUGUGAGCCGUGGCGGGCGCCGUGCUGUGCGGGGUUGAGGCGGCGCCGGCGCCGGUGCCGCUGCGGAGAACCCGCCGGACGCGGAGGUUUGCUGUAAACUACCUACCGUAGCUAUAAUGACACCAGCUCUCAGAGAGGCAACAACAAAAGGUCAUGGUAUCCACUUGUCACCUUCUUUGUCCUCUAGAGCUAUGGAGUCUGAUACAGCUUUGUGCAUGGAAAAUUCCAGAGCAGUGGAAGAGAAGAUAAAAGAGGACUCCAUCGCACGGAUUACUUGCUCAGUCCUGGGGUUCCCCACUGCUGAGCCCAACCUCAGGAAUGAUAUCUUCAGUGUGCAGCAUUUUGGUUCCCCACCAUCCUCCAAGUGCUAUCAGUCUGUCUUGUUAAUGAGUACAAAUUCUGCGUUUAACAACAAAACUGGUAAGCAGACGAAAGCAGGAGAGCCUGGCUGCUCCAAGAUGAGAAAGUCAUUACAUAAUGGGGCUGACACAUCAUUUGGUCAUAUUAGUCACUCAGAACCUGAGCAACAGGUCAAAGGGGCAGCGUUUUCAGAGACCACAUCUCCAAACUUGGCAGGAAUGCAGAGACUUUCAGGUUCGAGUGUAACUGAAUCCAGUAACGCAGAAGAAAUGCAACUUUUAAAUGGUAAAUGGUACAAGAAGAAUGGGGUUUUGGGUAGGGCUUUGGAAGUCUGCACUGAAACAAUAAAAGGGGAUUUAUUACACCAAAUUCUUCACGGGCCUUCAGAAGGGAUUUUGAGCUGCACCCAGGAGGAGGUGUCCGCUCGCUUACUCCAGUGUGUCACUAAGCAACAAAUGGAAAUCAGUCGCGCCAAAAGAACUCAGAAGCGUUUACAAAUGCUCCUGGCAAAGCACGUUAUCAAACACUGUGAUCAGCAGCUGAAAUGCUUUGUGAAACAUCAGCUUCAGAGAAUGAAGGUUUUCCAUGAGCCAGCUAGAUUUUUGAGCAAUAGCUCCCUCAGAUGCACUGAAGGUUGGCCGGAAAACAACGCAACUACUCCAGAGAGUAGUUUGGGUGUGGAUGUACAGAACGGAGUCAGCGUCGCACCAGGUGAAAUCCGUGGCUUUGCACUUUCUACUGGAGGGCUGCUGUCUCGUGUGGAGAAGGACCUGGACUCUGAUGCAACCUGCAGCAGCUCAGAUGAAGAUGGUGAGGAACAGACUGUGGAAGCCAGCUAUACUUCUGAAUGGAAGUGGCUUGCAGACAGAGCUAGAAUUGGCAGCCGUUGGACGUGGCUACAAGCCCAGAUUUCAGAACUAGAAUACAAAAUCCAACAACUAACUGACCUUCACAGGCAGAUCCGUGCCACCAAGGGGAUGGUGGUCUUAGAAGAAUUCCCAUUUCCAAAAGACAUUUUGAAGAAGCAGAUCCAAUUGACAGAGCAAGAAGCUUUAUUAAACGCCACAGGGAAUUGCCAAGCUGCCAUUGAGAGCCAGGAUUCUCUGCCAGAGCAUGACUUUGAAAUGUCACCCAGCAGUCCCACUCUGCUUUUACGAAACAUAGAAAAACAGAGUGCACAACUAAGUGAAAUCAUCAGCAGCCUUAUUGCUCCACUCAAUCUGUCCCCAGCUUCUUCAUCUCUUUCAUCCAAGACCUGCAGACACAGACAGCUGGUCAAUGGUAUCUCCUUCAGAGCUUCAGACAAUAGAGAGGUGUCCUCUGCAGGCAGCUGGCUGCUUGACCAUCAGCACAUCAAGAAAAGAAGAAGGGACAGGACAAGGCUCAGGUCUGUCUCUGUGACCAAUGUGAGCACCUCUGCCCGGACCAGGCCCCUGCACAGCUUCCAGAAGAGGAAACUCUACAGACUGCACAGUGCCUGUCACUGGAAUCAGCAGACUUUUCCAUCUAGAGAUGCCUCCUUUCCAUAUAAAGCUCAGUUGCCAUGUGUGGUGCCAGGCUCCACUUUCAGCAGCAGUGAGUACAGCACAGAAUCUAAACUCCUAGAUUAUGUGCAAGAGCUGGACUCUUCCUUCCAUCCAGUCUUAUCAUUCCCUUCAGAUAUUCCUCUUCACAUAUACUUUGAAACAUUAUUAAGGAAUAAUGACAUCAAAGGAGAACCUGCUGAUACCUCAUCUUUGGGAGGGGAGUUUAAAGUAUCUGCUGACAAUGACUAUAAUGCACAUGUUUCUGUCAAACAGUGGAGCAGUGGCUGUUUGUCUAAUUCCAAAUCUCAGUUGGUGCUAGGAACACCUGACCAGCUGUCAGAAGGAAGAAAGAAAAGGCAUCUAAGUGAGACAGCAGUAGGCGAAAGUAGCGCUCGGUUUGAGGCGUUCUCCUUCCAGCAUGCAGAGCCUGAGUCCCACAGCAGUUUCACUCCCACAAGCAGUGUCAGUGCCAUGGCCCGGCCCACUCACAGCUCUUCAUCACAGCAUAACUCCAGGAGGAGGUUGAGAAGUGAGAGCUCCUAUGAUAUAGACAACAUUGUUAUUCCCAUGUCACUGGUGGCACCCUCAAAGCUGGAGAAACUACAGUACAAAGAAAUCCUUACUCCAAGCUGGAGAGUUGUUGAACUUCAACCUUUAGAAAAAUCUCAAACAGAUGAAGAAGAGGUAGAAGACCUGUCAGACAAAGCCUUUUCCCUGCGCCACACCAAGUUCGAGGAGCGGGAGCGCGCCAGGUGGUCGCUGUGGGAGCAGAGCCGCUGGCCCAGGAGGAACAGCAGAUCUUACAGCAAAAAUGCUGAUGCUCGACACAGCCAGGAUGUGCUGCAGAAAGACCAUUGCACUGCUGACCCUGCUCCUGAGCCAGCUUUGGAAACCCACAGCUCUGUGUGCUCAGGGAUGGCACCACUCUGCAGGGACAGCCAGGAAGAGAAGUCUGGGCUGUGGGAACUUCGAGUUUUUCCACUAAAUGAUGAAGAGGUAGAAGCUUUACUGUGCCAAGAUCAAGUAACGAAUCAGACUGAAAUGUCAAGUGCAACUUUCCCCAGCAACUCUUCCUGCACUCCAGGCACACCCACUGCUGUGCCAGACAAUGGCUGUGCACCAAGAAAACAAUCUACCCAAGAGUCAGAAGACUGCAAAAGCAUUUGCCUGGGAAGCAACAGUACAAGGAAACAAAGGUGACAGGGAAUAAUGUGGUUCAUUAAGAAAGCCAAUUAAGGUGGAGAGAAGUGUAAGGUAAAAUCUCUCGUUCACACAGCAUAUGACAGCACAAUUCAAAACUUUUAUGUUAGCUGCGUAUAAUAUAUUUUCUUUCUUGCUUUGUAACAGGCAGGAUAAAUCCCAAAGACAACACUUUCUUCUUCCUGAACCCCAAGAGAAAGUAAUUAUUUCAAGCUGGAAGUCUAAUAUUCCCAAUGUCGGGAGUGGGCGCACAUAAAUUGCUGGCACCAUUCACUUUCUGUUGUCAUAUUGCCACAUUUGUCAGUAAUCAUCCUUUUCUGUUUGUUUGUUUUCAAAUGCAUAUCUGGUUCUAGUGGACUCUGGUGGAGCAGGAGAUGCUGUUUACCUUAUCCAACAACUUCAACUGAACACAGAAAAACUACUUGAAAAUGUUGGGGAUAAGCAUGAGCCUCAGAUUGUUCUCAUGUGCGGCAUGACCAUAGGGCAAAAACCUGUCUGUAACUGCACGUGUGAGGUCAGGGGAGGUGAGAACCAGCACUUCAAACCAGGGCAUCUGGAAGCCUUGCAUCUAGCUUGUCACGGCUCUCAGCAGUGCCAGGGCAUGUUUCAUGGUGAAAUCCUAAAGCAAUAAGGCAGAAGUAGCCACAGCAUUGCCACAGUCAAUGUAUCUGACACAGGGAGAAGCAGGGUCUCUGCUUCAAGCCUGUGGGGAGGGAGAGACAGGAGAGAGGGGUGGAGCCAAAUCUGUGACACAGCCCAUGGAAUGUUGUGGUUUGGAUCAUCUUAUUUCCUUAGUCCUUCAGUAGCUAAUGAGGCUCAUAAUACUUUGCUUUAAUAUGUUAAAGUCUUGUUCCACUUUCUGUACAGUGCCUUGUAAGAGUCUCGUAAGUAUGCCAACAUUUGGUGACUAGCUGGAAAGGAAAAGAUGAUUGAUGUCUUGAAGAGCAAUAAAAAGAAAGCCCCAAAGCUUUCCA